AUGACACUCGGUAAUAGAAAAAUGAGAUUAAAUGUUUAUGGUGAUGAGUGUUUCUUAGCAGAUUUUAUAGAUGAAUAUGACCCGAAGGAGUUCGAAGAAGAAAUUUUGGAUUCUUGUGUAUGUGAUGUGUCAUUGCAGGUUCAUGCAUGUGAGUUGGAGGUGAAAGAGAAAGAGCAAGAGGCUCUUGCGGUGAAAGAAGGAAGACCGCCAUGGACCCACCAAACAGACUCUUUACCGGUGGGAAUUGAUUCGGGGACAAAGCCUUCUUUGGAAUGUCCACCAAGUGUGGAGUUGAAGGAGUUACCAAAACAUCUUAAGUACGCAUUUUUGGGGGAGAAUGACAGUUUACCGGUGAUCAUUGCUUCCAACUUGGCGGUAGCUCAAGAGGAGGAGUUGAUACGGGUGUUGAAGGCUCACAAGGCGGCAACUGGAUGGACGAUAGCCGAUUUGAAAGGUAUUAGUCCAUCCAUUGUGAUGCAUAAAAUUAUUACAAAUGAGGAUGCAAAGCCGACCCGUGAAACACAAAGAAGGUUAAACCCAAAUUUGAGAGAGGUGGUAAAGAAAGAGGUUAUCAAAUGGUUGGAUGGGGGGAUCAUUUAUCCCAUAUCGGAUAGCGCAUGGGUAAGUCCGACUCAGGUAGUGCCUAAAAAAUCCGGCAUUCAGGUAGUGAAAGAUGAACAAGACUUUAUGGGUCCUUUUCCAAACUCAAAUGGUUUUUUGUACAUAUUGGUUGCGGUUGAUUACGUGUCAAAAUGGAUUGAAGCUAUCGCCACAAGGACCAACGAUCAUUCCGUCGUAUGUAAGUUUGUGCAAUCUAAUAUUUUUGCUCGUUUUGGUGCGCCUAGGGUGAUAAUUAGUGAUGGUGGUACACAUUUUAAAAACUUCAAUUUUGGAAAAUUACUAAAAAGAUAUUAUGUGAACCACCGCGUUGCUACACCAUAUCACCCGCAAACGAGUGGUCAAGUAGAAGUAUCUAAUCGGCAAAUUAAAGAAAUUUUAAUGAAGACGGUUAGAACGGAUCGGAAAGAUUGGUCAAGCAAGCUUGACGAUGCAUUGUGGGCUUAUCGAACGGCCUACAAAACUCCACUUGAUACCACUCCUUAUCGAAUGGUUUACCGGAAAGGAUGUCAUUUGCCUAUGGAGUUGGCACAUCGGGCAUAUUGGGCAAUUAAAACGGUGAACGCAAACUAUGAUGAAGCGGGUCGGGCGAGAAAGCUUCAAUUGAACGAAAUUGAGGAAAUAAGGGAUCAAGCCUAUGAGUGUGCAUCCGCAUAUAAAGACAAACUAAAAAAAGUUCAUGAUGCGAAGAUAAAGAAAAAGAACUUUGAAGUGGGUCAAAAGGUGUGGUUGUACAAUUCAAGGUUGAAAAUGUUCGCGGGGAAACUCAAAAGCAAGUGGAUGGGUCCUUACGUUGUCCGAAGAGUAGGAAGGUUUGGUGAUGUUGAUAUUCAAGACGAACAAACAAACAAGCAACAAACGGUGAACGGGCAUCGGCUCAAACCGUACUUGGAAGGCAUGGUGACAAAGAAGGGAAAAGGGAUUGCAAGCUCUUCAAAUGCACCUCAAGGAGAUAAUGCUCAACAAAAGAAAAGGAGAUUGGUCCGGGUUGGUGACCCGGACUCGGAGGAGGAUGCACCUCCAAGGGGGCCAAAACCGGAUUGGACAUCCGGUUCAUUGUUAGAUCAAUCCGCGGAAUGGAGAGAGGAUCUAUUUCAUGAACAAAUGAACAAGCUAAAACAAAGGGGUGAAGCAUUUAUUUGUGAAAAGGAGAUCCGGGAGGUUGAUUUCGGGCCAUUCGGGGUCAUAGCCAAGUUUAACGCAUUGGGUUGGGGGGCAGCUACAAAAUGUUAUGAUGGUGAGGUAAAGAAAAUGUAUGACAAGGAGAUUCAAGAGUGGGUGGCAUCACCUGAAUGUCCCCCGUUCAAGGCCCCGAGUAAGAUGCGGCUAGUUGGAUGGUGUAAUGGGGGUGAAAGUAGAAAUGUCGUACGAUUCUUUGCGCCGGAUAGCAAAGUUUGA